UCGCUGUGGGGCAGUGUAGGACAUACAUCAAUCCUUUAAAGUGGGUCGAUGAGAUUAAAAAUAUCUAAAACUGAGCGAAUUUUAGCAGGGUGGGAGGCGUGGAAUGAAAGGACGGAUUCUACUAAAGAGCGAUAUUAAUCUACUCAUUCUGGAGGCGUCUCUUAUGGGUAGGCUGUUGAUCUGGCGACAGGAUUGCGCAAAUCCAAUGCUGCACACCUGGAUUUCGAGCUAACUCCCCUUCCAGGAAAUGCUGAAAACCUGUUGAUUCUGAGACUACAUUCGCUUAAAAUAUGCGCGCUGCACAGCCAUCCACUUCCAAACAAGGAGAAUGGCUGCGAAAGGGGCAAUUAGGCGGCAGUGUGACGUCACGGGAAGGCAGCGAGACACAAGGCUGAAGUGUGAACGCUAGAAUGGAUGAUUAUGUGAAGAUAGAGAAAAUUGGUGAAGGUACCUAUGGGGUUGUUUAUAAAGGCCGCCAUAAAACUACCCAGCAGAUAGUGGCCAUGAAGAAAAUCCGACUGGAGAGUGAAGAGGAAGGGGUUCCCAGCACAGCAAUCAGAGAGAUUUCUCUUUUGAAAGAACUACAGCAUCCUAAUAUAGUGUGCCUUCAAGAUAUAUUAAUGCAGGAUGCAAGGCUAUACCUUAUAUUUGAAUUUCUUUCAAUGGAUCUGAAAAAGUACUUGGAUUCCUUGCCUUCUCGUCAGUUGAUGGACCAAAUGCUAGUUAAGAGUUAUCUAUACCAGAUCACACAAGGGAUUGCCUUCUGUCACUCAAGGCGGGUUUUGCACAGAGACCUGAAGCCCCAGAAUUUACUGAUUGAUAGUAAAGGAGUUAUUAAGUUGGCUGACUUUGGUCUGGCUCGUGCCUUUGGAGUCCCUGUCAGAGUUUAUACACACGAAGUGGUGACACUGUGGUACAGAGCUCCUGAAGUACUGCUGGGCUCUGCUCGCUAUUCAACUCCUGUGGAUAUCUGGAGUAUUGGUACAAUAUUUGCUGAAAUGGCUACCAAGCGACCUCUCUUUCAUGGAGACUCUGAGAUUGAUCAACUUUUCAGAAUUUUCAGGACUCUAGGUACACCAAACAAUGACAUUUGGCCAGAUGUUGAAACAUUACCAGACUACAAGAAUACCUUCCCCAAGUGGAAACCAGGAAAUUUGUCUCAAGUGAAGAAUCUAGAUCAGAAUGGCCUUGACCUGCUAGCGAAAACAUUGACUUAUGACCCUACCAGAAGAAUCUCUGCGAAGGAAGCUUUGUAUCACCCAUAUUUUGAUGACUUGGAUAAGUCUAGUCUUCCUGCCAAUGUUUUCAGGAAGUAAUUCCUGAAGGUGGAUUACUGUCUGUCUGAUAGCAACAUUACUGUCAAUCAUUGAGAGUUCAUUUUCAGAUUUAAUUCUGGUUACAACUAUAACUGUAUUGAAGUUGUACUGUAGACGUGUUUGUGUGUAUCCAUGUUUUUUUUUUCCUUUCUGGCUAUCCUCAAACCUUCACAAUUGUUUUUGUACUUGUAUAAUUGUAAAUAUAAAUAAAGACAAAUUUGCACCAUAAUCUUGGAUUUAUAAAAUAA